CGAGUCCAAUUCCCAGAUAAGAAAACAGUCGGUCGUACAAUCGAACAAGACACGCAUCAUUUUGCCAAUAUUGUUUACGCGUUAUACAAUUUUCGGAAGAUAUGGACCUCAAAUAAACGGCGGGAUGAACACGUGCCGCCAUAUUAUCAGCAUGGAGGAACGCGAUCGAUGGACGAUGUUAUAAACGUGCGGGUUUCGAUUCGACCGUUUCGGGAUGAUUUCUUAUCGUUGCACGAGGUAUACGCGCGUUCGCAACACGUUUUCACAAUCAGUGGCAUUGAGAACAGGCUGCCGGAUACUAGUUUUACAUCGCGAGUUAAUCGAAGGCAAACGUGCAUUGGAUGUGUGGAAAUUUGGUGAAAAAAAAAAGGAUAAAAGAAUCGUUAAGUGCCUCUACGCCUCCACUUAGAAGCAGGUGCAUCCAGUGGCAAGAUAUAUUUUCAUAAAGGCUGAAAAACGAUCCCACGGAUACUCGGCCCACAAGACUCUUGGAACACAAUCGCAAUCGAACCCUAAUCCAACCACGAUCGGGGAAGGAAAAGGGUUAUCCGUGUUAGUGCGCGUGUCCAAGGGCGUCGCCACUCGCGCCACUUCGUAGGGCGGCGCACAGGGACGCGGUAGUCGCGGUGUGGACGCGACCCAGUGCUCGUGUUCAUCGUUGGAGGAUCGUUGCCGAGAAGAUGAGCCUGGCGCGCCGGGAACCGAAUUAUGAUACAUGUGUCGUCGGAGAACACUCAACGAUACGAUCGUGUAAAACGGAAGGGCGCAGCGUUUCUUUCGAACUUCUUUAAGUCGAAAAAGCUGACGUUAGGUAUGAAGAUCAACGAGGACGAAGAGAUGGAACGUGCUCCGAAAGUCGAGACACCUGCGAUCAUCACGAACGCCUGCAGGCGCAGUGGCAGCGAAAAUGACAACCAAGUAUCAAGGAUUCCGUCGACAUUGAGCGUAGCAGCCGUCGAUGUUGUCGUUGCUUGUCAACCAUCACCGUCGCAUUCCAUUUUAACCUUGACACCUGGUAGAACACGAAACAUCGAUCAGGAUAUGGAAGCGCUUAGGCUAAGUCGACAGGAUAAUCCUUUCCUACAGGUAUUGGCGAGCCGCGAAAGUUUGGUGGAAUCGUUGGAGGAGUCCGAGUCCGAUGACGCCAUCCUGAUGUCUCAGGAAUUGGGCGACACCGACCCUUUAACUUUAGCCCAAGUGCAUGAGCAUUUGGUCAGAAGUCCACCUCCAGCAUCGUGGCCUCACAGUACGACUUUUCAUUUCCCCCAUCAGAAUCAAACUACAUCUGGGAAGAGCGACGUGUUGGCGCAUUAUAAAAGCCCUUCGAAGACGACUUCGUGUCGCAGCAACGAUCACGAACUGUCCAAAAGUGAGCCAUCCACGGAUAUUAGAGAUCGCCACUCGCACACAUUCUCGUUGUUGCAUCCAACGCCGAUUCGUUCAUUAUCAGACGUUCGACGACUUCACAGAUCGGCAGAUGACAGCGUGCAACUGAUGUCGAGUGAAUAAGAUGCAAAUAUGUCACGAUCCGCGGCCGGAUCGAAAUGGGUUUUCACGUUCAGAACGCGAAGCGUGCUUUGUUGGUGCUAAAAUACCUAUAAAAGUUCCCGAAUUGUUUCAGAAAAGUAUGUCCACGUCGAAGGGAUACUUGAAAACUCUUCGCCAAAUUUACGUAUGAUCGCGAUUCAUCGAAACGAUUUCUCGAGUUGCAAAUCUCGAAAAGGAAUAAUUUUUCGAAGAAUCACAUAGAAAUUGAUAAACGGAUUGACUUGAUAAUGAAGAGGAUAUUUCACAUUGAUGUGAAAAAAAUUUCGAAUGUUUCGUUUUAAGAGUCGUGAGGUGUAUUUAGGAAAAGUAUACGACUUGAAAAAGAUUUCUAGAUUAUUUUAUGUUGCUUUUAAAAUAAGUUAAAGUUCUUUGUUUCA